CAAGUAGACGUGUUUGCAAAGGUGGGUGUUGAAUCAAUUUUUGAAAACUAUAACCAAACACCUACCCCAAACCGACUAUAACCAAACACCUACCUCAAACCAAGCGGUGAAAUUAACUCUAGAAAGCUCUACCAAACAGAGCCUUCACUUUUCUCUUACCUUUCUUGGGUGUUUGCAUUGGUUUGAUAGCUGCAGAUUGGAACAUUUUGAACCAGAAGGGAAAACAUGGGGUGGAAAUCACCUUGAAAAAUUACUGUGAGAGUUGGAGGAUGAAUGUUGAGCUUCACAACAUCUGGGAAUUCGAAGUUGUGGCCAAGGAAUGCACGGAAUACGUUGGAAAAUACAUGAACUCAAUCCAAUACAAGGUGGACUCAGAGAGGGCAGUUGAUAAGUGCACUGUGUUUCUUAGCGCUAGCUGCAGCUUGAAGAGAGAUGGCAGAGAUGCCUGGAUUUUCAACAUCCACGACACACUCUUGUCGACCGUGCCAUACUACAAGAAAUACCAUUUUGGGGGAGAAAAGUUGAACAUGAGCUCUUUGGAAGAGUGGCAGAGUAAGGCUAAAGAAACAGCUCUUGAACACACAUUGAAGCUUUUUAAUGAUCUAAAAGGAAGAGGAAUGCAUAUCAUUUUGGUUUCUUCAAGAAGAGAGCAACUUAGAACAGCCACUAUUGACAACCUUGUUGAUGUUGGUUUCCACGGGUGGACUAGUCUUAUUCAAAGGGGACCAAGUGAUGAAUAUAAGGAAGUACAGAAACACAAGGCUGAUAUAAGGAAGCAAUUGAUUGAACAAGGGUAUCACAUUUGGGGCAUUGUUGGAGACCAAUGGAGUAGCAUUAAGGGACUCCCUACUGCUAAAAGAACAUUUAAGCUUCCAAAUCUCAUGUACUAUGUUUCUUGAUUGAUCAAGAGAGACUCUGUUUACAAGAUUUGUCUUGUGAUAAAAACUCUAUAUUUUAUGUUAGAAAUUAACAAAAAUAAGCUAUGUUUGUAUACUGUUGAUGAGUUGAUUGAUUUUUAUCGA